ACAUACCAGUGUGAUAUCAACUGUGAACGUGCUUAGACGCGUCUCGUGCUACGCGCGCACACACUCGAAUUAGCAUAAAGUAUUACCGCGAUCUGAUUACUAUAGUUCCAAAGAGCAAAUCAAACUGUGAUCUUAGUUUAAUUUAUAGUCAUAUUUACUUUUAUAAAUUUGAUACUAUGUCUCUGGAAAUGGAAGAAAUCACAGGAGUUACCGGCGAUGUCUUCGAGGAUUUCCUGGUGGUGUUUCGUCGGUGUUUGGCAAAGUACUUGGACAUCGGCGAGGAUAUGAACGUACCUGAUGACUUCACCCAAAACGAGUUACAAACUGGGAAGUGGUGGAGACAUCUGUUAGCUGGGGGCAUCGCUGGCGCCUUCAGCCGGACCUGCACUGCGCCACUCGACAGACUUAAAGUAUUCUUACAAGUGAACCCAACAAGAGAAGGAAUGAGCAAAUGUUUAGCGAGAAUGAUUAGUGAAGGCGGGCUCACUGGUAUGUGGCGGGGGAACGGCAUCAAUGUCAUAAAAAUUGCUCCGGAGUCCGCGAUCAAGUUCGCCGCGUACGAACAAGUGAAAAGGUUAAUAAAAGGCGAGAAAAGAAACCUGCCGCUCGAGAUUCACGAGAGGUUUAUAGCGGGUGCCAGUGCUGGCGCGAUCAGCCAGACUAUCAUCUAUCCUUUAGAAGUGUUAAAGACGAGAUUAGCUUUAAGGAAAACCGGCCAAUAUCGAGGCAUCGUCGAUGCGGCGAAGAAGAUAUACGCGCGGGAGGGCCUCAGGUGCUUCUACAAGGGAUACAUUCCAAACAUUCUGGGUAUCGUGCCGUAUGCGGGCAUUGACCUGGCGGUGUACGAGACGCUAAAGAAGAAGUACAUCGCUAAGUACCAGCGACACAAUGAGCAACCUGGCAUGCUGCUGCUGCUGGCGUGCGGGAGCGCUUCUUGCACGCUCGGCCAGGUCUGCUCCUACCCUUUAGCGCUCGUGCGGACGCGGCUACAAGCGCAAGAAAAAGCAGCGAAAGGUGCCGAGGGCACGAUGCGGGGGGUGUUCCGAGAGAUCGUGCAGCGAGAAGGACUACGUGGACUUUAUCGGGGCAUCACGCCCAAUUUCAUCAAGGUAAUCCCUGCGGUGUCGAUCUCGUACGUGGUAUACGAGUACGCGAGUCGAUCACUCGGCGUCAAUAUGACGUGAUCGCGUGCGCAUGUGCCGCCCCGCACCUUGCGCCUGCCCGCCGCUGUGCCCGCGCCUGCGCCCCGUCCGCGCUACGCCUCGAGCUCAACCCACAUCACAUUCUACUUUAAGCAUAUUAGCAAAUUUGCAUUUGAUUGUAUAUAGCUCUCGUAUUCGUUAAGUUAUACUUAUUAUUUAUUUUUAAUGUAACGUGAACUUAACAGACGUUGUAAUUCCAUUUAAAAUAUAAUUUUGGUCGUAGUCCCCUAGCUUAAGCUUGGAAUAAUCUGAAAUGUUAGAUGAAUCAUUGGAUAAUAUUCUUUGCAAAAUCUGAAGCUGGUUCGUACGUAAUUUGAAAAUGAAUUCGUUGUGACGUCGGCGCACUGCCGUAAUUGCAUCUGUGAUUAAAAUAAAUUGAUAUUUUUAUUUGUUUUC